AUGGCUUCCCUCAUCGCCCGCAGAGCUUUCAGCACGACCGUCCGCCGCCUCACCACCGGCGAGGAGGCUCUCAAGAGCGAGUCCAAGAAGAACCCCGAGAUUCUGAUCCUCGGCGGUAUCAUGGUCUGCGCUCUUGGUGGUGCUGGCUACUACUUCGGCCGCUCCCCUACCAAGUCCACCUCCGAGAACACCGUCCCUAUCGCCGACAAGAGCAUGCCCUGGGAAAGCGGUUCGACCCACGGCAAGUACCAGUAUCACCCCGGUGGUGAUGCCAGCGCUGCCCCCAAGGAUGCCCCUAGCGCUGUCAACGUCGUCGUUGUCCCCAACGUCACUCUGCCCAAGGAGCUUCACGACAGAUACAACAAGUGGGGCAAGGAUGGCUAUUAA